AAACUGCCGCCAGGAAGUGCAAGACAAAGCAGAAGGCAGCACUAGGGGCCAGCCACCAGGCACACCGGCAUCCGCCUCCAAGAACCGUCACCCUCCACCUCCUUAUUCCUCCCUUUUGUCUCCUCCUCAAGGGCCUGUCAACAUUUAUAGCCUUUCUGUAGGGUCACUCUUUGUCCAUCUCUUAGGCAUCACUGCCCGUUAUGCCCUGCAACCCUUUUUACACUUGUAUCAAAACGCCCUUCACUGACAUUUGUACAUUAAAUUCAAUAAUCCCACUUCUGCCCCCUAACCUCCUGCUGUGUAUUUAUAUGGAAAGAUCGAUCUCGCAAUUUCAUGCGCAGAGAUUAAGGGAUUUGUGUGGUUUUUAGUUUGGGAAAGGAAAAACAAGUGAUUUUUGACGAGAAAAUUAGAUUUUGAAAGAUCCCUUUUACCCCUUUUGAGUUUUUUCUUUUCUUUUUUGAGUUUCUCAACGAUGAUGAUGAUGAACAAGAGAUAGACAGAGACAGUCAUAUAAAGACGACAGAUUUCUACAGAGAUAAAGGAUUAAUAAUACAACACUUCUAUUUCUUUUACAUCUUCUGAGAAAAGGAAAAUGUCAACACCCAACUCGCCAUGUGCAGCCUGCAAGUUUCUGAGGCGGAAAUGCACGCAAGAGUGCGUUUUUGCACCGUAUUUUCCACCGGAUCAGCCUCAGAAAUUCGCCAAUGUCCACAAAGUAUUUGGGGCCAGCAACGUCGCUAAGCUUCUCAACGAGCUCAACACAGCACAACGCGAAGAUGCUGUGAAUUCCCUUGCCUAUGAGGCCGAAGCUCGCCUCCACGAUCCCGUCUACGGUUGCGUUGGCCUAAUCUCGAUCCUUCAACACAGGCUGAAGGAACUCCAGAGUGAUCUCUACAACGCCAAGAAAGAGCUCUCACAGUAUAUUGGUCCUCAAGCAAUGCUUCCGACUCUGCAAUCUCCAGCGUACAUGCCUCAUCAGCAUCUGAGUAACCCAAAUGCGUCGUCUAUGAUGCAACAUGGGGCGUUGCCGAUAAUGGGUAUCCCUUGUAGACCAACGAACGGCGGGCAAUUGGUUAUGCGCGAGCCUUCGCAGCAACAACAUCAAAACCAAAUCUUUGAGGCUCAGCAAUUAGCUGCUGCUUUGGCUGCAAGAGAGCAGCAGGAUAUGUUUAGGGCUUAUGAGCAGCAGCAAGAGAUUGUGAGGCUUAAUAGAGGUUUCGACGCCGUGGAUUCUGGUACAACCACCGGUUUUAAUCAAAUUACUGUUGCUGCUAUGUCACCAUCUCUUGCUUUAGGAAGCUUUGAUACACCAUACCAAGUUCAACAACAGCAAGUGGAUCAUCCCCAACAUCAUCAGCUCGAAGCACAGCUUUUUCUUCUGCCACAAGAGUCACAGCCUCAACCCCAUGAACAACAGCAACAUUCUCAGCAAACCCAACAGCAGCAUCAACCAUCUGGAAGUGAUGAGGGUGGAAGCAUAGGCCUAUCUUGUUGAUGUUUUUCAGAGCCCUUGCGCUAAUUCUAAUUCAUGUGAUGCAAUUUCCCAAUCAAGAUAACUACGUAUUCUUUAUUAUUAUC